CCACUACAACGCACAGCGCAACCGCACACCCAAUCUCCAACAGUCCGCCACAAUCCACCAUGUCUGCCUCACACUCCCGCGACCCCCGCCGGACCUCCACAGCCCCGAAACGCACAUCUCUCCUCCCGCGCCCCUCGUCCAUCGCAAUCGACCCCUCGGCGCUGAUCGCCCAGCACGCGCAGCUCACAGGCACCCACCCGAUCACCAUCGGCCCCGGCGCAGUGCUGCACCCACAUGCCAAGGUUAACAGCACAGGCAGCGUGGUAAUGCUCGGGGAAGGGUGUGUGGUGUUUGAGCGGGCGCGGGUGGGGAUUGCGGAGGUGGAGGAGAGGGGUGCUGCUGGGCUAGGAGGGAGGCAGAGUGGGGUGAGGGAUAGUAUGAGAGGGGAGGGUGUGGUUUUGGGGCGAAACGUGGUUGUCGAGACGGCUGCGGUUGUUGAGGGGAGCGAGAUUGGGGAGGGGAGUGUGAUCGAGGUUGGUGCUGUUGUGGGGAAGGGGGCCAUAGUUGGGAGGUACUGCACCAUCUCAGCGGCAUCCAUCGUCCCUCCGUAUACCACGCUCCCAGACUACACAGUCGUGUUCAGCGGUUCCCAGAAGCGCACUGACAAGACCCUUCAACAGCGGCCGGAUAUACUCGAGGCAAAGAUGGCGAUACACAACAAACAGCUGGAUAUGUUCAGGCGGCUGAUUGCAAACAACAUUGCAAAGUGGACAGGAUGAAGAAUAUGGGCAAUGAGGUCAAGACAAUCUUCUCCUUAUAUACUCAAGCAUGCGGCGGCUACAGGGAAUCGGAGGUGGCGAAUUGAACAGAGACAGCGCCCAGGAACGCAAUCCGUAAUAGCCCGUGUACACGGUACGUGAAAUGGCGACGAACCGAAUCGCUAGCAGCGAAGAGGCGCGACAACAACACUUCGGGGUCCUACAAUCGGACAAGGGUGUUGGUCACAAGUCAUUACGUUUUGAUCGCAGCAUCGUAGCCAUGAAUUGACCCUUCCAUUCAACAUUAGAAGGGCAAGAGUGCGCAUGUUCAUGCAACAGUCUUACCACGGUGCAACGUAAAUAUUUAGCCGGGUCAGUCAUAACGAAUCCAUGAAUGUUCCCAUCUGGACUCCUUGUCAAUCUGAUCACAAUCUCCCCUUGCUACC